UUGGCCGCCUCUCUCUUCACAGUUUUUUGUUAAUAAAUACCCGUGAACCCAGCCGUUCAUCUCUACUCCACUUCCAUUGAUUUUCACCUUGCAUGCUAGACUAGUUGUGUUCCGAUUCAGGCAGAAGCAGGUGCCGUGUUGUCACCAUGGCAAUGGGACCAAGCAUCAUGGCGCUGGCGCUCCUCGCCAUCGCCGCCUCCGCGCUGUCCAUGCUCCCGGGGUCCCUCGCGGUGACUUCGCCGUACGUGCGGCCGGCGCCGAGGGCGACGCUGUCCCUGCUCCUCCAGGAUGACGACGCCGACGGACAGACACCGCAGCAGGUGCACAUAUCAAUGGUAGGCCUCGACAAGACGCGGGUGUCAUGGGUCACCGGCGACGACGCGCCGGCGAUCGUGGAGUACGGCACGACGUCAGGGCGAUACCCGUUUUCAGCAACCGGGAACACGAGGACCUACAGGUACAUCCUCUACCACUCGGGGAAGAUCCACGACGCCGUCAUCGGCCCAUUGCGACCCAGCACGACGUACUACUACCGGUGCAGCUCCAGCCCGUCGCGCGAGUUCUCCUUCAGGACGCCGCCGGCCACCCUGCCAUUCAAGUUCGUCGUCGUCGGUAACGCACCUUGCUGCCACUUCCGCAUCAGUUGGUUACUUUCGUGUCCCAUGGCGUGCCUUAAGCCAUGGCUAAAAUGGACAGGUGACUUUGGUCAAACUGGAUGGACGGAGUCUACGCUGCAGCACAUCGCCGCCGCGGACUACGACAUGCUCCUCCUCCCCGGUGACCUGUCGUACGCCGACUUCAUACAGACGCGGUGGGACUCGUACGGCCGCCUCGUGGAGCCGCUGGCCAGCGCCCGGCCGUGGAUGGUGACGCAGGGUAACCACGAGGUCGAGAAGGUUCCCCUCAUCGAGCCGACACCCUUCAAGGCCUACAACGCGCGGUGGCGCAUGCCGUACGACGCUGGCGCCUCGCCGUCGGGCGACAACCUCUUCUACUCCUUCGACGUGGCCGGCGGCGCAGUGCACGUCAUCAUGCUGGGCUCGUACACAGACUACGCCACGGGCAGCGCGCAGCACCGGUGGCUGCGGCGCGACCUCGCGGCGGUCGACCGCGGGAGGACGGCGUUCGUGGUGGCGCUGGUGCACGCGCCGUGGUACAACAGCAACGAGGCGCACCAGGGGGAGAGCGACGCCAUGCGCGGCGCCAUGGAGCCCCUCCUGUACGGGGCACGCGUGGACGCGGUGUUCGCGGGGCACGUGCACGCGUACGAGAGGUUCGCGCGCGUGUACGCCGGGAGGGAGGACCCGUGCGGGCCAGUAUACGUGACCAUCGGCGACGGCGGCAACCGGGAGGGGCUGGCGGAGAAGUACGUGGACCCACAACCAAAGAUCUCGGCGUUCCGGGAGGCGAGCUUCGGGCACGGGCGCCUCGAGGUUGUGAACGCGACGCACGCGCUGUGGACGUGGCACCGGAAUGACGACGACGAGCCGGUUGUUGCCGACCAGGUGUGGAUCACCAGCCUCGCCGCCAACCCGGCAUGCAACAACAAGAAGAAGAUGUAACCAGCUCAAGAGACCAGUGACGGAGCUUGACCAAAAUUUCAAGGGAGCCUAAAUAACAAAAUAAAUUUAAAAAUAUUUCAAGUGCUAAACUAGUGAACUAAUAUAUGGCACAAUUUAUAGCCAUGAGAGAGUAAUACACUGAUAUUUGCUAUACUUGGUUUAAAAUACAUAUUCAAGUGAGAUUUAUAAAUUGUAAUACCUAUAAACAACUCUAAAUUAAAAGUAGCAUGUACUGGCAAGCUAUUGAUAAAAGAAUCAUUUUUCAUCUUAUAUGUACCUAGUAGCUACCUAGCAGCGUUUAUUCUUAACUAGCGUGUAGCUAGCCAAAUAAGCUCUAAGCUAUUACCUCCGUUUUCA